UUGACCCGGCCAACCACUUUGGUUUAUGUUUCAUUCCAAUCUAAAAACGUUGCUUCACUUGACAAAAAAAAAAAAAAAGGUUCCGUCGUCCAAGCCAAUACUUGCGGCAGCAGGUUUCCCAAUAGCAUCCGUGUGGGCAAAGUCUUUCAACAUUUCCAGCGAAGACCCAUUUUUUACUUCUCACUUCCUAGCUCUUUUAUACAUGUGGAGGCAAAUAAACUCAGAAAGCAUCUGAUCUUGAUUGUCAGAAUUGAGAGAGAGAGAGAGAGAGAGAGAGAGAGAGAGAGAGAGAGAGAGAGAGAGAGAGAGAGAGAGAGAGAGAGAGAGGUGUUAAACAUGAAGAGCUCCAUGCCACCUCUGUACCCAAAACCAAAGGUGGUUGCAAUGAAAGAUCAAGAAAACAAAAGCGGACGCGGCAAUGACUUCAGGGAGAGGAAAGGAAACAUGUCUGAUAUUGCUAGGGUGAAAGGAGCGGACGCAGUACCCAAGAAGUUGGAGAGCAAGGCAUCGAUGGAUAUAAACGAAUGCGCCGAGGAGUUCAUCAACAGGUUCAAGCAGCAACUUCUGAUCCAACGGCUCGAGUCGAUUGAAAGCUACGAGCAAAUGCUUGCCAGAGGCAAAUAACAGCCUUCCCCGGCUUUUUGUCUUUCUGUUUCUGUUUCUGUUUCUAAUAAGAUUUUUUGCGUUCCUUCAAAUUGAUUUAUGUGUGACCAUGUGUUUUCAGUAUCUAAUGACAGAGAAAAUCUUUUCAGUUGCUUUGGAUGGAUCAUAUGUUGUAGUUUGCCGAAUCACUCAGUAUGUCAAAUUGGUGCCAAAUUCUGCACAACAAAUGUACCACUGUAAAAAUAACACUAGUAAUACCUUUCUCGGUUUUUUGGCUAA